CUCAAUUGGUUAUGACAUGAGAGCUCAUGUCAUUGCUUUGUCGUAAACGGGAAUUACGCCUACAAUUAUUUUUUCUUUUCAUUUAAAUUUAUUAUUACUACAUUAAAAUUAUAUUACCAUCGUUAUAACUUAAACAAUUUUAAUUUACAACUUGAUGUAUUCUAUAUGUGAAAUUCUCCAUUAGAUUAAGAAUAACUUCGACACAAAGUAAAGGAACUCAAAGUUUUAGACCCUUGACCUAGCACAAGUUAGUCAACAUGAAGAAAAAGGUAUUAUUGAUGGGAAAAAGUGGCUCAGGGAAGACCAGUAUGAGGUCUAUUAUAUUUGCCAACUACAUAGCAAGAGACACUCGAAGACUUGGUGCCACAAUUGAUGUUGAACACUCUCAUGUCCGAUUUCUGGGUAACCUGGUGCUUAAUUUAUGGGACUGUGGGGGGCAGGAGGCAUUCAUGGAAAACUACUUUGCUUCACAAAGAGAUAACAUAUUCAGAAAUGUGGAAGUAUUGAUAUAUGUUUUUGAUGUGGAGAGCAGAGAAAUGGAAAAGGAUAUGCAUUAUUACCAGUCAUGUCUAGAAGCAAUAUUACAGAAUUCACCAGAUGCAAGAAUAUUUUGUUUGGUGCACAAAAUGGACCUGAUAGCAGAGGAACAGCGUGAGGAAAUAUUCAGAGAGAGGGAGGAGGAUCUCAAACGGCUCUCUAAACCACUUGAGUGUACUUGUUUCAGAACUAGUAUAUGGGAUGAAACACUGUAUAAGGCGUGGUCAAGUAUAGUGUAUAAGUUAAUACCAAAUGUGAAAGCGUUGGAAUCUUCACUGAAACAGUUUGCUGCUAUUGUGGAUGCUGAUGAGGUGUUGCUGUUCGAGCGCGCGACGUUCCUGGUGGUGUCGCACUGCCAGCGGCGGCCGCACCGCGAUGCGCACCGCUUCGAGAAAGUCUCCAACAUCAUCAAGCAGUUCAAACUCUCCUGUUCCAAGCUCGCCGCGCAGUUCCAGAGCAUGGAGGUACGCAACAGCGUGUUCGCGGCGUUCAUAGACGGGUUCACGAGCAACACUUACGUGAUGGUCGAGAUGUCUGACCCCAAGAUACCGUCGGAAGCUACGCUCAUCAACAUUAGAAACGCGCGCAAACACUUCGAGAAGCUAGAAAAAGUGUCGUCCAGCGCGCCCAGCCAGUAUCAAUGAGACGCGCAUACCUCGUGACGGUAGUUAAUUGUUCAACGUGCGCGCGCAUGUCACGACUUUUUGACAGAUUGACGCUUGGACUUUGACAGCUGUCAUUUGUAAAUACCAGCAAAAUAGUCUGUAAAGACUUAUAUUACUAGUUAUGUCUGUUAUACGAAGAUCAGGUGAAUAGUGGACAGUUUAUAAAUAAAUUACAGGCUACAGGCUUCUUUAGGUUAUUUGGCCAAUUGCUAUAUUCAAAGCAUUAGGUUAUAUAAAUAAAAUGACAGGAUUGUAUCUGUCAAUAAUGCCAUCACACUUGGUGCGCUGUACGUUUGUAAUAUCGGAAGUGCUUAGCACGAAAACUCUUGCCAAAGCAAGGCGUUAGAUGGUGUUCGUUGUUGCGUAAUUUUAUUGCUGUGGUCUAUUAAAUAAUUUAUAUAUCAGUUUCUAAACUUCAUUAAAUUCCAAAAUAAUUGUUUGUCAAAAUUUAAACAUUAUAUUUACCUCUUUCUGUAGGUAUGUAAGUGUAUAUAAAUCUCUUUCAUACUAUUCCGUCGCCUUUGUUAUGUAAUGAAAAGGGACUUAAAUCUUAUACUAAGGACAUGUUUCACUACGUCUGAGUAAAUGCUACUUGUCAUAAAUGUAUAAACCGACCAAAUAAAAAAGUCACACUUUAAUCUAUGCUCCCAGAUAAAUCGUAAUAAUUUUACUACUACCUACAUUAGCAGUAUAACUGUCAAAUAAACUUUACUUGAAAUUUGUGAAACAAGCCCUUAUUCAUAAGACUUAGCAAGAUGAUAAUGACAAUGCCAUAUCAAUUGCUUUGAUGUCAAUUAUAUAACUUUAUAAUUGUUAAUUAAAUGUUUAUAUUUACAAAACAUAAAGCUUGAUGUUGCUAGUAGAAAUUUCAUAUUAAUUGGUUCUAUCCGAUUAAAAUAGGAAUCUGCUGCGGUAUUUUCUUGUCCCCGUUGAUGUAGAUUAAAUAAUGAUAAAUAUAAAGAGUAAAUAUUAAAAAAAAUACAAGAAAAAGGUAAAUAUAUUGUCGCUGUAUCAGAAACCCGUAACUAGGAAAUAAAUAGAACUUUAAAUAUUAUUGAGUUAAUAUAUUAAAAUAAAUUAUAAACUAAUUUAGAAUAUUUAAACAUGUACCUAUUUGUUUUUAAAUAAACUAGUUCGUUCAUAAUAUAAGUUAUAUAUGUAGAAUAUAUAUAGAAGCGUUAAAAUUACGCCGUAGCUGGUAUGGAAAGUAAUAGAAUUGGUUAAAAUAUGUAAACAACCACCAUAAGACUAUGUCUAAUUAAUAAAUCGACCGCCUUACCAUUAAACGCUGUAUAAUUAUAUUAUCUUAGUUAUUUAGUGUUUCGAUUUACCGUGUUCGGUGAUAUUUGGCGCCAGAGGAAGCGAGACAAAACACUAUCUAGCCAUAGCAGACUUAUACAGCAUUUAUAUGGUGAUCUAAAUAAUAAACACUUGGUCUGCAUUCAACUGAAUAUAGGGGCUUCACUACGAUUAACUUGGCCACAUAAUUUACAACAGUUAUUUGCAUAUGAUUUAUAUAAAAAAAAUUAAGUGGUUUUCUUCAGAGUAAUGUCAGUUCCGUCGUAGUGUGGUAAGGCCCUUAUACUUACAAGUCUUACUCUAGUUGUUUCGUGCAUGUAACGUCGAUAUUUCUAAUAGCAACUACGUUUUUAAUAGCUGAUAAUAUAUGAAUUCGACUGAUAAAAUAUUAAAGUUUAGUCAUCGUGACACAUUCUUUAACCACUUUGGGUGACAAGAAUGUAUUCCCGCCUUCAUAGCAAUCAAAUAUCGCUUACAAUCCUACUGCAACGCUGUUCAUACAACGUACAUAUUAUAAACUCAGUAAGUGCUAUACCUUCAUGCAGUUGGAAAUCCAAAAAUAGUAUCAAAAUCACAGUCACAAACACUCGAUACUACGUUAUAUCGAAAGUCAAGGAUAACAAAUUAAAUUAGUACUUACUACUUUAAUUUGCAGUGUUUCGGACUAUGUAAUUCGUUCUUAUUGUAUUAUGUUGGUGAACAAUGUCCGCAGUUUGGGUAUACAGACAGCACGCAAUGCUUAUCUGCACACUUUGUAAACAUCAAAUUAUGUAAUUUCGAAUAGAUUUUAACUCGCUAAUGUUCAAUGUUGAAAUGUGAUAGAAUUCUGCAGAAUAAUAUCCAAACAUGUCGCUUAACUUUUUGGGCAUUACCUCCUAAACGACUAGUUUACGCCUGUCUGGAUCAGUUAGGCUAUUUCUAUCAGCAAUGCGGCAAAAGAACGGUGUCCUGAUAGUGUGCUCAUCACCGCCUAAUCAAUGUUUUCAAUAGCAAAAGAAUUCUUGAGUGCAUUGCCAGCUUACCUUAUUAUAUUUGUUACCAAUGACAACUUGUUUGAAAAAAAAAACAGGAACCAGGAUAAUUAUGAUUUUCAAAUCCAUUAUAGAAACGCUGCCAUUUUAUAAAUUAACAAAACAUUUAAAAGUGCUAGAUCUGGCAUGUCAUCGAGAUUAUGAACAUUAAUGAGAAUUGCUAAGAAACUUUCCCAGCUUUAAAAAAAAUGUACGAACUAAAAAAUAUCGCAUUUUUGUAUACUUAAUAUACGGAAGUUGACACAAAUCUUCAAGCUGGUGAUCAACGUACCAACCAUGCCGUGUUUAUCCCGGCGCCACAUACAGACAAAUAUUUGAACAAAGACUGAAAGACUUUGCCACACAUGUCAACACAGUUUUUCCUGGACCUGCCACACAGGCUUUGCAAAUAAAUUCGCUCACAGUAUUCAAAGAGACAACAAACACGAUGGACUGCGAUUUUGUGGACGCGGUAUACGUGUACUAUUUGUGAAUAUAAUUAUUACAUAUACCUAUAUAAAAAUAAACUAACAACUCCGAUAUGGAGCAAGAUAACUAUUUACUUGUUAUUCUGAUCCAGGCGACACUGACCAAAUUUAAAUGUUUAUGGCUUUUACUUUUAGGGAUUCCAUAUAAUCGAUUCUCCUUCAUACAACUCAAUACAACUGAACUUUGCACAAGUGUGGCAGAAUACGCAAAGUUUUUAACUUUGAACGAUUUGAUAUGUGGUUGAAAAAGCGAUACCGAAUGGCAAAUACGCAAAUACCCGUGCUACACAUGUGUUCAAACAAGUGUUCAAAUAUUUUUGCUAUGUGUGGCGCCGGCAUUAGAGCCAGCUGGUGCUGACAGCUGAUGGAUAAGCGAGCGCAACUAAUUACAACGCUGGAUUUUGUACAGCAAUCCAUCGGCAUUAAAACUACUGUUUUGCAAUAAAAACUGUUACGACGUAAAGCCGUGGUUGUACUCGCUAAUCGAUCAUGUAGUCGUAGCUACUCGUUGGAGUAUUCGAUUAUUUUGUUAUGAAACAAGCUAGGUAACAUGGUUUUAUUUAAUUUUCUGAUUUCAAUGUACCUUCAACGUGAUUAUGUCAUCAUCAGUUAUCACAAAGACAAUAGUAUCAUAUUUUUUACUUGAAAUAUAUAAUUUAUGUUUCAUA